AUGGAGCCCAGUGCGGAGGGCGGGGGUGAGGCCUUGGAAACGCCGCAUUGGCGUAUACAUGGCGCCGCCUCGCUUCCGCCCCCGUCCACGCCACGCUUCCGCUCUCGUCGACGCCUCGCCGCUGACCGCCCUGCCGCUCCAUCUCCACCUGCGGCCCCUCGCCUCCACCUUGCUCCCCCUUCCCCCCGCCCUCCGCUCCCGUUCCGGAUCGUCUCUCUACCCCUGUACCCACUUCCGCCGCCCGGACCUCCCGACCCUGCUCCUUUCGCCGCGCAGCGCCACGCCGCGUCGCUUGGCAGCCACACCUUCCCCGCCCGCUGCUGCACCCCGCUCGCGCCCCCCGCAUUUCCGUUGCCAAGCCGAAACCCACACCUUUACAACGCGUACGCCUCCGCCCCGCCCCUGUUAUACAGAGACACAUACACAGCGGAGGCGGAAAGUGCAAAAGUAUUCACGGGGGUGCCACAGGUGCACGUCCAGGCAAUACAGGGCAGUGGGUCAUGCGUGCACACUCCUGUCUCAUCGUUGCUGCAGCCGACUGUGCCGAUUUGCCCCCUUACAAAAAGCAGAAUGAAUCAACUGCAAAAUCACGGAGGUGCCAGUGCACAUCGGGGCCAACACGUUGUGGAAUCAUUUGCAGAAACAUAG